ACGAACACCAUAACGGGGUUACUCCAUACAUAGUGCGCGCUAAACAAAAAUUUCUUGGUGCUCGCCCUCACCAGGGACUUGAGAAUUAAAGAUGGAAGGAGAGAAAGGAAAGGUGUGUGUGACGGGUGGUACUGGUUUCAUUGCAUCAUGGUUGAUAAUGAAGCUUCUUCAACAGGGUUACUCUGUCCAUACCACCGUCAGAACUCACGCAGCAGAGCAAAAGAGAGACAUUAGCUUCCUCACACAAUUACCUAGAGCAACCGAAAGACUGAAAAUUUUCAAUGCUGAUCUUGAAGAUCCAAACAGUUUUGAUGCAGCCAUUGAAGGAUGCAGAGGAGUCUUUCAUUUGGCUACUCCCAUGGACCUCAAAGAUGGAGAACCUCCAGAAAUAGUUGCCACUAGGACAAUCAAUGGAACACUGGGAAUCUUAAAGGCAUGCUUGAAAGCAAAGACAGUGAGACGAGUGGUCUACACUUCUAGUGCAUCUGCCAUCUUUGGUAACGAUAAAUGGAAUGAAGUGGCGGUGAUGGAUGAAAGCUUUUGGAGUGAUGUAGAUUUCAUAAAAAAAUAUAGAUCUUCUGGAGGUUCAUACCCGAUUUCCAAAACAUUAACAGAGAAGGCUGCUCUUGAAUUUGCAUCAGAAAAUGGAUUGGAUCUAGUCACUUUAGUCCCUUCCACUGUUGUAGGUCCCUUUAUUUGUCCCAAGCUGCCGGAGUCUGUGUCCAUGGCAUUGGCUCCAGUCUUUGGGAAAAGUGAAGAAUAUAUUAGCCUAUUGAAUGCAUCGAUGGUGCAUGUUGAUGAUGUAGCCAUGGCACAAAUCUUCCUACUUGAGCAUCCUAAUGCCACAAUGUCUGGAAGGCACAUAUGUUCCUCCCAUACAAUAACAUUCGUGGAAUUAUCUCAAUUUCUUUCUGCCAAAUAUCCAGAAUUCACAAUACCUUCCCCCAAUUCAUUGGCAAAAGUUCAAAGUUUCAAAGCACCUGGGCUGUCAUCAAAGAAACUGUUGGAGAGUGGCUUCAAAUUCAAGUACAGCGUUGAGGAAAUGUUGGAUGAUGCUAUCAAAUGCUGCAAGGACAAAGGCUAUCUCAAAUGAUGAUUUAGUUUAUUAACUUCUUUCUGUAGCUUUUCUUAUUGCUUCAUCAUGAAGAAUAAAGUCCCAUCAAAAGUUAUGUUUGUGCCCAUCAUGGCUUGUUUGGUUGUAAUAAUUUUAACUCCUUUUGUUCGUGAAGAUUUCUGGAGUAAAGGUGCAAAUAAGGAUUCCAACUUUGCACUUUUUUCUAUUUGAGAAUGUUAAUUUUGUUAAUUUUUAAAUAAGAAUGUCAACUUUCA